AAUGUAUUUUACAUUUUGUUUACCUAUGGUACCAAGCGACCAUGCUCUCGCGCGAAAAGGCGCUCAAUAUAAAUUUACAAAUUUCCCCCAGUUCCGACGCUUCUUGCCGCCCGUUUCACAGGUUGAAUACAUCCGACAUGAUGAACGAGCAGUUCUUCGAGUUCUCGGUGGCCGCAGAAGAGGCAACGUACGACCGCGGCACUGAAGACGACCUGUGGCACGGAGUCCCCGUCACUCCCGUCUCGGGGGUGGACAGUUCCUCCGAACGCUUGUACCCGUACUCGUGCGACGAAGCCCACGAGGUGCAGCGCCCGUACGUCGACGCUCCGCCGGAGCACACCGAACAGCCCCCACUCCCCGGCAUCUUCUUCAAUUCGGGCAGCCAUCUGUGGCUCCUCAACUUGGCCGACCUUCGGGAACUGUCUCGGACAGCCACGGCGGGCGUUCGCCGGAGUGAUGCAUUGUCGGGGCUCCCGCCGGACACCCCGUUCUAUUGCGGUUUACCGGUGGACCGGAUCGCCGGCGUGGCCUCUCUGCACGCGAGGGCCUUCGAGGGCGACCCAAUGGGCUGGUCUGUAUACCUCGACGACGACACCAGUGUGGUCCGUUGCUACUUGCCUUCGGCGAUCGCGGACGAUUGCUGGUCGCAAUCCGAAGACCUUUUUGCUGUGAUGGAUGCUGUGCUUCCUGAGAGGACGGUCCUUCGAGGCACGACCGAAUGCGAGGAAGACGGUCUAGCGGAGCUGGGGCGCCGGCUUUUCUUCGCCGGCAAGCCUUUAUGGACAAGAGCGGGUUUCACGCUGGUGCUGGAGCCGUUGCGCGCCCUCGACAACCUCAACGAAGAGGCUCUGUUCAGGGGAGUGCAGGCGGAGGCCUAUCGGAACGUAUACCUGCCACUGAAGCGUCGCUGGUGCCGGCGGCGGGCGGUCUUCGUACUGCGCAAGAUGCUCGAGUACGCCGAUGCUGUCUCGGCGACGAUGAUCAGGGACCACGUCAAGGCGACUCUCGAGGCAGUCUUGUCGCAGGACGGGGAGCGAAGGCUCGAAUAGAGCGUUUUAUUUAUUUAUCUCAAAGGCUUCUUUUUGGGCUUUAGUUUGUUUUCGAUCAGUCAGAACAAAUGUACUUUCCGUCAAACUGGAGGAAUCUCUCGAAAUUCUGCCGGCGGUCGCCUCCCAUUGACUGUCUGAAAUCAUCUGACAGCUGCCGGUAAAAAAACUCACUUUCUUCACUUGGAACUUUCUUCACUUGGAACAAUCACAUUAAUUAAUAACACCGUCAAGUGUGUGUAAAGCAGGGUGGAGAAUAAAAAUAAGAUUAUUUAAAUCGAGCCAGUUUUACUAUGAUGAUUUAAAUGGAUACUACAACGAAAUUUCGACGCUUAUUUCUUGGUCAAUUCAUGUUCAAGGGAGCAUUAUCAAAUCAGACACACCAAUCUCUUCUUAAAAAAGAC